UUGGCGCCGGCCGUGGGUUCGGUCCGGGCUGGCCUGCGAUGGAGGCCGCUGCGGGCAGCGAGGAGGAUGGUGGAGCAGGCGCGGCGACGGUGGAGUGCGUGUAUAGGAUCCCGCUGCCGAGACCUCCCUCCAUUGAGGAAUUCACGAUAGUGAAGCCCAUUAGCCGGGGCGCCUUCGGGAAGGUGUAUCUGGGGCAGAAAGGCGACAAGUUGUAUGCGGUGAAGGUUGUCAAGAAAGCAGACAUGAUCAACAAAAAUAUGACUCAUCAGGUGCAGGCGGAGAGGGAUGCCCUGGCACUAAGCAAAAGUCCUUUCAUUGUCCAUUUGUACUAUUCACUGCAGUCAACAAACAAUGUCUACUUGGUAAUGGAAUAUCUUAUUGGUGGAGAUGUCAAGUCUCUCCUACAUAUAUAUGGUUAUUUUGAUGAAGAGAUGGCUGUGAAAUAUAUUUCUGAAGUAGCAUUGGCUCUAGACUAUCUUCACAGACAUAGAAUCAUCCACAGGGAUUUGAAACCAGACAAUAUGCUUAUUUCCAAUGAAGGUCAUAUUAAACUAACAGAUUUUGGCCUUUCCAAAGUUACUUUGAAUAGAGAUAUCAAUAUGAUGGAUAUCCUUACAACACCAUCAAUGGCUAAACCUAGACAAGAUUAUUCAAGAACCCCAGGACAAGUAUUAUCUCUCAUCAGCUCUUUGGGAUUUUACACACCAGUUGCAGAAAAAAAUCAAGACUCUGCAAAUAUUUUUUCAACCCAUGUAUCUGAAACAUUGCAGCUUUCUCAAGGACUGACUUGUCCUAUGUCGAUAGAUCAAGAGGACACUACUCCUUAUUCUAGCAAACUAUUAAAAUCAUGCCUUGAAACAGUUGCCUCCAACCCCAGGAUGCCCGUGAAGUGUCUGACUUCGAAUCUCCUCCAGUCUAGGAAGAGGCUGGCCACGUCCAGUGCCAGCAGUCAGUCCCACACCUUUGCGUCCAGUGUGGAGUCUGAAUGCCACAGCAGUCCCAGGUGGGAAAAGGAUUGCCAGGAAAGUGACGAAGCACUGGGCUCUGCAAUGAUGAGCUGGAAUACAAUUGAAAAGCCCUUAUGUACAAAGUCUACAAAUGCCAUCGAGACCAAAAGUUGCAAUAACAAGGAUCUUGAGUUAGCCCUUUCUCCCAUUCAUAACAGCGGGGCCGUUCCUGCCACUGGAAGCUCUUGUGUAAACCUUGGUAAAAAAUGCUUCUCUGGGGAAGUUUCUUGGGAAGCAAGAGAACUGGAUAUAAAUAAUAUUAAUACGGCCACUGACACCAGACGGUCUGGUUUACAUCAGUCAAAUCAGUGCGCUGUGGAUUCUGGUGGUAAGACUGAAGAGCACCUUGGGAAAAGAAGUUUUAAAAGAAAUUUUGAGUUGGUUGACUCCAGUCCUUGUCAGGAAAUUAUACAGAAUAAAAAAAGUUGUAUAGAGUAUAGGCAUAGUAAUGAAACGAGAGAUUGUUGUACAAAUCAAAGUACAGGCUUAACAGCUGAAGUGCAGGACCUUAAGCUGUCAGUAGAUAGAAGUCAGCAAAAUGACGGUGCUAAUAAGGAGAACGUGGUCAGUUCUCUUAUUGAUAAACAACAAACACCAGAAACAUCACCUAUCCCGAUGAUAGCAAAAAACCUCAUGUGUGAACUGGAUGAAGAUUGUGACAAGAAUAACAAGAAAGACUACUUAAGUUCUAGUUUUCUAUGUUCUGAUGAUGAUAGAGCUUCUAAAAGUAUUUGUAUGGACUCUGAUUCAUCUUUUCCUGGACUUUCUAUAAUGGAAAGUCCAUUAGAAAGGCAGUCCUUAGAUCCAGAUAAAAGCAUCAAAAAAUCCUUUUUGGAAGGAUCAAAUAUUGAAGACCUGCUUACUGUAUCACCCAGCUGCCAAGAAAAUACCUUGCCCAAAGGCGAUGAGAAUCCUGCUGUCCAAGACCGUAACCAGAACAUGUUAGCUCCCUCUUUGGAGGUGUUGAAAACAUCAACCUUCUCCAAAAGAAACGCUGUAGCUUUUCGAAGCUUUAACAGUCAUAUUAAUGCAUCCAAUAACUCAGAACCAUCCAAAAUGAGCAUUACUUCUUUAGAUGCAAUGGAUAUUUCGUGCACUUAUAGUGGUUCAUAUCCCAUGGCUGUCACUCCCACUCAAAAAAGAAGAUCCCAUAUGCCGUAUGAGCAGACCCCAAAUCACAUCAAGUCAGGAACUCCAUUCCGAACUCCAAAGAGUGUGAGAAGAGGGGCAGCCCCAGUGGAUGAUGGGCGAAUUCUUGGAACCCCAGACUACCUCGCACCUGAGCUGUUGUUAGGCAGGGCCCACGGAUUUCUGACUUCGGGUCCUGCAGUAGACUGGUGGGCCCUUGGAGUUUGCUUGUUUGAGUUUCUAACAGGAAUUCCCCCCUUCAAUGAUGAAACACCGCAACAAGUAUUUCAGAAUAUUCUGAAAAGAGAUAUCCCUUGGCCUGAAGGUGAAGAAAAGUUAUCUGAUAAUGCUCAAAGUGCAGUAGAAAUACUUUUAACCAUUGAUGAUACAAAGAGAGCUGGAAUGAAAGAGCUGAAACAUCAUCCUCUCUUCAGCGAUGUGGACUGGGAAAAUCUCCAGCAUCAAACGAUGCCUUUCAUACCUCAACCAGAUGAUGAAACAGAUACAUCUUAUUUUGAAGCCAGAAAUAAUGCUCAGCACCUGACGGUCUCUGGAUUUAGUCUAUAGCACAUACAUUUUCUCUUUAACCUUGUCUUAUGGAAUAAGGUAGCGUAAUUAUGUACUCCUAAAUGCCAGAUUGAUCUAAGGGGGAAAAAAUCAUUAUUUUACCUGGAUCAAUGAGCUUUUAAUGUAUGUUACAGCUUCCACAGAGUUAAAAGGCUGACAAGAAUAUACUCAGUAACUUUUCUUAAUCUCAGAGUUGUAUAUAGAUCCUCAACGCUUUUUUCAUCCUAUUUAUUUUGUUACUGCACUUUAUGAAAAUUAAUGCAUCAAUAAAACUAAAAGACACUAACACUCUAGAGAAAGAGUGAGCCUCGAGCUUGAUUUUCUUUCUCAUCUCUUAUUUCCGUCCACCAUUCAGUUUGGUAUUAAAAUAUCACAAACAUCAUACAGUUUUAUUUUAAUGUAAUGUUUUAUACAUGAUUGCCUGCAAAAGCUGUGGUCUCAAGGGCAAUCAUUCAAGCCUGCAAUUGUGACUCCAAAAAUGCAGCUGGAAAAUUCCUUGACUCAGUAGUGUGACUCCUUUGGACAAUGAGGAAUAAACAAAAGGACUGAGGUUUAGCUUACUUCACUGUGAAUACAGUUUUGCUGCCUUGACUGCUUUGGUGCUUUCUCUACAAUAUAUGUUUGUUUAAAAUAGGACUGGAAAGCUUAGGGGUGCUUGAUACCCUGCAGCAAUUUUAACAACUUGUUCAACCUUAAUAAAACACGUGAUGGUUUACGUCUUAAAAUAAUUUAAAACGUAUGCAGCAUUAUCAGCAACAGCCUGAUCCUUAAAAAAGAACAAAAAAUAAUUUGCUUAAUAAAUGUAAUUGUAACAUACUUCAAUA